UUGUUGAGAUGAAGUUUUGCUAACUUUGCCUGGACUACCCUUAAACCAUGAUCCUCCUGAUCGGAGCCUUCGGAAUAGCUAGGAUUACAGGCAUGAACUACUGUGCCUAGCUAAAACUUAAUAGUUUUGAGCAGAACCAGUCAUCUGAUAUCACACAGGAGCCCCAUAAACUUCUUGUAUACCCAUGGAUGGACAAGGAAUUAAUCCUUGAAAAGUUGGUCAUAUAGGUAGGAGAGGAAUUGUGAGAAAUGGGCAGCCCAAAGUAUGCACUGAACAUUUCCUGCUUCAUAUGGACAGUGCAUUAGGUAUUUUAAUAGGAAAUUUCUUUUGUAAAUGUUGAUGAUUGGCUUAAAGGUAAACUUGAGUAUCAAGAGGCUGUCUCUUCCAAGUCAGUUCCAAAGCUGGCACCAGCCCCUUCAUCAGUAGCAGGGAUGGUACACCCUCUCAGCUUCUAGCUUCAGGGCAGUGCAUGUCUGACCCAGUGAAUUCAUCUGGUUUUACUGUAAAUCCAACCCUGGGCACAGUUUCUUUUCCCCAAUCACAGUUAGUGGCCCAUCCUAUGAUUUCCUUGGAAACAGUGCCACCAGCUGUUCAGAAUAGGCCAACUUUCAGGGUGAGAACAUUGAGGUGAGAGAAAAGAUAAACAGAUUGCCUUCACUUGUGCUCUUAUUUAAUUCUCUGAAAAGAAGCCCUCUUUGCCCCCAAAUACUAGGUAAACAGGCUACUUGGCUGGUGGAAGUUUUUAUACAUGUUGCUUAGGAACUUCAGCACCUUCUGAAACAGCCCUAGGAGACUGGGAUUGUAGUUGUAUCAUUCUAUGAGGAUAAGUAGAAGACAGGGCCAGGAUGUACAAAUGUCAAGGCUUAACUGUAGGCCUUUCCUACUGAAUUUGAACCUGCUUUUCCCCUUCUCCCUGGAGCCUAUCCCCAAGUGGAACUUCUCUGGGGGAGGGGAGCCUUUUGGGAUAAAAGAUAUUACCAGAGUGUAGAGAACAAAGAGUAAUUGCAAACCUAUCUCUAAGCCAAACAGAACAAAAUUUGAAUGAGUAAGUAUACAAGUGGAUAAUUAAGAAAUUAAUUUAUUAUGGAGAAUUCUCAAAUAAAUAUUUCAUCUUACUGUGUUAUUUAAAUUAACUUUUGCUCUGGGAAGCAAAGUGAUGAAGUUGACAGAAGUGGGCUUAAGGGACCAACUGACCUGGGUUUGAAUGUGUGUUAUUGCAAGUUAAUGAUUUUACCAGAGUCUCAGUUUCUGGUAAAAUAUAUUCACUCAGGUCUUGAGAAUUAUUCAAUAUUGUAUGUCACCUGUACCCCACAGUGAGUGGGGCUUAUUUAAGCAUACUUUUUUCAAAAUAGAUGGUACCUAUAAAGGCAGUCUUUAUUCCUUGUCCAGACCAGACAGAGCAAUUUCAAUAAUACGGUAUUGUUCUAGAGCAAACAUUACUUAUAAUUAUCAUGUGACCCUUUUGCUAUGGUCCUACGUUGAAAGAACAAAAGAAAGGCUACAGAUACUCAAAUUUAGAUUCUAAAUGGGAUAACAUUUGAGAUGAGUAUUAAAGAAGGUAUGGGGGCUGGUGGAGUGGCUCAAGUGGUAGAGUGCCUACCUAGCGAGCAUGAGGCCCUGAGUUCAAACUCCAGUACCAACAAACAAAAAAAAAAAGAGGUAUGGGCUUAAAAGAAUAGGAGUCAAGCAGAUUAGUCAAUCUCAGCCUUACCAUUCAGUAGCGUUGUGACCUCUGAAUGUCAGGUUCUUCUCAUGUACAAUGUCCUGGCUGUCCUGUGUGAGUACCAAAUGAGGGAACACAUGGGAAGCACCCGACAUGAAAUUAGCAGCCAGUAAGUGGCAAUUCUUGGUAAUAUAAUCAGAAAACAAAUGCAGAAACAGGGAAACUGGAUGCUAUAUGACUGGGAGUGUGUAGAAAGGCAAGGAACAGUUUAGUUUAGUCAGGAUAGAGACCUUAAGCCUAACCUGGGGACCCAGCCUCACAGUGGCUCUCUCUCUUCAGGUGGACACCAUGUCCUUGAAGAUCCAGACAAGCAAUGUAACCAACAAAAAUGACCCCAAGUCCAUCAACUCUCGGGUCUUCAUUGGAAACCUCAAUACAGCUGUGGUGAAGAAGUCAGAUGUGGAGACUAUCUUUUCCAAGUAUGGGCGUGUGGCUGGCUGUUCUGUGCACAAGGGCUAUGCCUUUGUCCAGUAUGCCAAUGAGCGCCAUGCCCGAGCAGCUGUGCUGGGAGAGAAUGGGCGGGUGCUGGCUGGACAGACCCUGGACAUCAACAUGGCUGGCGAACCCAAGCCCAACAGACCCAAAGGAAUAAAGAGAGCAGCAUCUGCCAUAUACAGUGGCUACAGCUUUGACUAUGAUUACUACCGGCACUACUUCUACCACAGGCUCUUCGACUACCGUGGCCGCCUGUCACCGGUGCCAGUGCCCAGAGCAGUUCCCGUGAAGCGACCCCGGGUCACAGUACCUUUGGUUCGUCGUGUCAAGACUACCAUACCUGUUAAACUCUUUUCCCGCUCCACAGCCAUCACCACUGGCUCUGCCAAGAUCAAAUUAAAGAGCAGUGAGCUGCAGACCAUCAAGACAGAGCUGACACAGAUCAAGUCCAACAUCGAUGCUUUGUUGGGCCGCUUGGAGCAGAUCGCUGAGGAGCAAAAGGCCAACCCAGAUGGCAAAAAGAAGAGCGACAACAGCAGCGGCAGUGGUGGUGGCAGUGGUAAUAGUGGCAGCAGCAGCCGGCCACCAGCCCCGCAAGAGGACACGGUUUCUGAGGCAGGCACACCCCAGGGAGAAGCCCAAACUCGAGAUGACGGUGAUGAAGAGGGACUGCUGACACAUAGCGAGGAAGAACAGGAGCACAGCCAGGACACAGAUGCAGAGGAUGGGGCCUUGCAGUAAGCAGCCUGACAGAAGCAAUGGCCACCAGCAGGAGAAGGGCAUCACUGUCCCAGGUCUCAAGCCAGGCACCCACCCAUGGGUGCCAAUCCGUAGUGGGUACCAGAGGAAAGUUGGCAGCAGGCACUUCUCCCCCAUGUAUCCCAGCCAGUGCCACGUCCUCUUCAGGUGGAGUUACCAGCCUACCCCUUCCCUAUGGACCCUCCCUAUCUGCACUGCCCAGACCAGAGGGCAGAGCACAGGGCUUUCCCACACUCUGCCUCCCUUCCCCAGGACAGUUCCCAGCCUUGGGGUUUUUCUAUAGGUUUGGAGGGGGGUGGUACAGGGAGGGACCCCUGAAAAUAAAGAGAUUGGAUCCAAACCUGCUCUGAGAUGGGAUGGUAUGUUUUCUCAUGAUGGCAUUCUGGUCCUUCAUCUACCAGAAAGCUGGUCUGCCAAACCCUUCUGUUCUCACCUCAUUCACUUCUCCCUCCUAGGGAACAUUGUCUAAUACUGAUCCAUCUAUGUCUUAGUUUCCUCAGCCAAAAUGGUAAUUAAAACAGCCAACAGGGCUGCAGGAGAGGGUUAGAUGUGCUAUCUCCCACAAGCACUCCUUGCUGACUGAAGGGCUAAGCAAUUGUUUUUUGUUGUUUGUUUUUUACUAUGAAUUAUACUUUAUUUAAAAAAUAUGGAACACUUUACAAAU